ACUCCAGUCUCCUAUUGGCUGGUCUCGGAGAAGCGAAAAUGGAGAGCAGUGUUCAGAGGCGAGUGGAGGCUAUUUCUCGUCACCUCCUACUGACACGACCUAAUCCCGUUCUUUCUCCUAUUUUACUAAAGGGUGGGCAGCCGAUAAAUGGUGAGGCUGAACCUGUGAUCAUAGGAGGUAUGGUGUUGGACAUUCAUGCCACACCUUCGAUGCCUGCAAAUCCCAGAACAACCACUCCUGGAAAGGUUCGUUAUGUACUAGGAGGUGUAGCAAGGAAUGUUGCUGAAUGCAUGUCCAAGCUCGGAACAAAGCCUUAUAUGAUUAGUGCUGUGGGUCUUGAUAUGGCAGGAAAUUUGUUGAUACAACACUGGAAAUCUGCUGGGCUGUCAACAGAAGGGAUUCGGAAGCAACAAGAUGUAGUGACUCCGGUUGUUUGCAACAUACUUGAUGUAAAUGGAGAGUUGGCAGCUGCUGUUGCGAGUGUGGAAGCUAUUGAAGAGUUUCUUACACCUGAGUGGAUUCAACAAUUCAAGGACAAUAUAUGUACUGCUCCAAUAUUGAUGGUUGAUGCAAACCUGAGUCCUCUUGCUUUAGAAGCGUCUUGCCAAAUUGCAGCUGAAUCUAACAUUCCAGUGUGGUUUGAGCCUGUAUCAGUUUCAAAAUCCAGAAGAAUUGCUUCAGUUGCCAAGUAUGUAAGCAUUGCUUCACCUAAUGAAGAUGAACUUAUUGCCAUGGCAAAUGCUUUGUCCUGUGCAAAUGUGUUUCCUCCAAUUGAAAGGGGGAAUAAAUAUUCGGCAGAGUCACUGUUCCAAAAGCUGAAACCAGCGAUCUGGCUUUUGCUAGAAAAGGGUAUAAGAAUGGUUGUUUUAACCCUUGGUUCAGAUGGAGUGUUCUUAUGUUCUAGAGGAGGGCCAACCGUCAAGAGAGCCAAUUUGGAAAGAAUCAAGGCAUUUGAUUCUUCUGGACAGCUCUAUAAGGUUGUGACAUCAAGCUGUCCGCCACAUUGGCAUGAUGCUACAGAUUUGGAAAGGGAUUCUCAUCUUUUUGCGGUGCAUUUCCCAGCCCUUCCUGCAUCAGUUGUGAGGCUCACAGGGGCGGGUGAUUGCUUGGUUGGUGGGACGCUUGCUUCAAUUUGUGCAGGUUUAAAUAUUAUGCAGAGCGUGGCAGUUGGAAUUGCAGCAGCCAAAGCUGCAGUCGAGGCAGAAGCCAAUGUGCCGGGUGCAUUUAGUUUGGCCACAAUUGCAGAUGGUGCGAGGUCAGUGUACUCUGCUGCCAAAGUUUUGUUCAAUCAACCGAUGUUGAUGAGGUCCCUAAAUCAUGGCCUUAUAUAUCACGUCCAAGCCAUUAAAGCUGGUUUAAUCCCAACCAUUUUCACCUCCAAUCAAGUCAUUCACUUAUACUCCAAACACGGCCUUAUGCGCGAAGCUCGCAGAUUGUUCGAUGAAAUGCCCGAGAAAAAUGCUUUCUCUUGGAAUGCAAUAAUCUCGGCUUAUAUAAAAUCCCAAAACUUGACACAAGCGCGAGCGUUAUUUAAUGCCGCUUCCCAUAGAGAUUUGGUUACAUAUAACUCAAUGCUGUCAGGAUAUGUAAGCACCGAUGGGUAUGAAGCUCAUGCGCUUAAGUUGUUUAUUGACAUGCAGUCGGAAUGUGAGGGGAUCAGAAUUGAUGAGUUCACUCUCACAACAAUGCUUAACUUGAUCGCCAAGCUAGGUGUCGUAUCAUAUGGGAGGCAGUUGCAUUCCUAUAUGGUGAAAAGUGCUAAUGAUUUAAGCGGGUUUGCUGUUAGCUCUCUUAUAGAUAUGUAUUCUAAAUGUGGCUGUUUUGAAGGAGCAUGGUGGGUGUUUAGCGGAUUUGAUCAUGGGGUGGUUGACUUGGUUUCGAAGAAUGCAAUGGUGGCGGCUUGCUGCAGGGAAGGCAAAUUGGAAUUGGCUUCGGAUAUUUUUUGGACGGAAGCCGAGUUAAAUGACACGGUGUCUUGGAACACAUUAAUUUCAGGUUAUGCUCAAAUUGCUUAUGGGGAGGAGACACUGAGAUUGUUCGUUCUUAUGGAAAAGAGUGGCUUUAGAUGGAAUGAAUAUACGUUUGCGAGCGUUUUGAGUGCUUGCUCUGGUCUGAAAAGUUUGAAGCUUGGAAGGGAAGUCCAUGCUUGGGUUCUGAAAAACGGGUUGUGUUUGAAUCCAUUUAUAAGCAGUGGCAUUGUUGAUGUCUACUGCAAGUGUGGGAAUAUAAAGUAUGCAGAGUCAGUUCAUUCAGCAAUUGAGAGUCGAAACCCAUUUGCAGUCACCUCGAUGAUUGUGGGGUAUGCAUCUCAAAGCAAUAUGGUGGAAGCCCGAAGGCUUUUUGAUUCAUUGCCAGAGAAGAAUAAUGUUGUCUGGACUGCUUUAUUUUCAGGUUACAUCAGAUCACAGCAAUGUGAAGCUGUGUUUGAACUUUUGCGUGAGUUUCAAGCUAAAGAAGGAACUGUUCCUGAUGCUUUAAUCCUUGUCAGUUUGCUCAGCGCUUGUGCAAUACAAGCUGACCUUGGUCCUGGAAAGCAGAUUCAUGCUUACUUACUCAGAGCGGGGAUUGAAAUGGAUGAGAAGCUGGUCACUGCUUUGGUUGAUAUGUACUCAAAAUGUGGUAGCAUCACAUUUGCAGAAAAGAUUGUCCAAAGAGUUACUGACAGAGAUUCAGUGCUUUACAAUGUAAUGAUAUCCAGUUAUGCUCACCAUGGACAUGAAACUGAAGCUAUCCAGCUUUUUAAGGAAAUGGUGGAGAGAAGUGUCAGACCGGAUGCAGUCACCUUUCUCGCCCUUCUGUCAGCCUGUCGGCACUGUGGAUUGGUAGAACAGGGUGAGCAAUUUUUCCAUUCCAUGAGAACAGACUAUAACAUAUUGCCUGAGAUUGACCACUAUGCAUGUAUGAUUGAUCUAUAUGGGAGGGCUAAUCAACUGGAGAAGGCAGUGGCUUUAAUGAAAAUGAUUCCAAUAGAAUUGGAUGCUGUAAUCUGGGGGGCCUUUUUGAAUGCUUGUAGGACAAAUGGGAAUACAGCAUUUGCAAGAGAGGCGGAGGAGAAACUACUAGAAAGUGAAGGAGUCGAUGGGGCUCGGUAUGUUCAAUUGGCCAAUGUCUAUGCUGCAGAGGGCAAUUGGGAUGAGAUGGGAAGAAUAAGGAAGAAGAUGAGAGGGAAGGAGAUCAAGAAACUUGCCGGUUGCAGCUGGGUAUAUGUGCAAAACAGAGUUCAUACAUUCACUUCUAGUGAUAUAUCUCAUAGUAAAACAGAGGAGAUAUAUAGAACCUUAGCCUGCUUGACUGAAGAACUACCAUAUGAGAUAGCCGGAUCACUGUAUUGAAUUUGUGGUCAUGUUUGAUUGGCAGCAUGACAACACGAUUAAUUUCUGAUGCCUUGUGGAUAUAGAAAUUCAUGGGCUUUGGCACAACCGGAUGAAGGGACCUCCAUUAAUCUUUAACAAGUUCUCGCUUCAUCCUACUGGCCCCA